GACCGUCUAACGUGAGAGUUUCGCCGUGGAUCUCGCCCCUGCACCAGAUGGAUGCCGUCAAACUGGAGGCGAAAUGGCCCCCGGACGGAAAUCAUCGGGUAGCCAUCGGCGCGUCCGAGUUCGGUAUCUACAAAGAGCCGGACAGCGGGAAACAGCCCGUCGGCGCCGACGACAAGGCCACCGGAAUCAUGUUGGUACUGUCCCUGAUGGCCGCGGUCGCCAUAGUGGUAAGCAUGUUCGCAAAUUAUUAUACCGUAGUCACGUUUUAUCCUGUCGAUUUUGGUUUUUCGCGUGAAAACCACUCGAAAUAGCAAACUAUGCCCGGGCAUUGCCUAGCUGUCGGUACACGAGAAUAGCGACACAACUCAAAAAGUCGAGUUUCCGUUACAGCCGUUCGAGGUUUCUAUUAUUACUUGCAAUGCUCGUCGUGAUUUUGGAUUUUUAAAUUAAAUUUUUUUGAUAGUUAAAAUUAGCGUUCAUUUUGCAUUUCUAACAAUUUUGUUUUGUUGACAUUAAUAGUAAGUAUUGUAAUUAUAACACUCUAAAAAUAUACAACACUCUAAUUUCACACCAUAUAGAUAAUAUCGUAUCCACAAAAAUCAACAAUUGCGUUAUUAAUGAAUAAAAAAAAAAACAUAAUAAUACUUAGAAUUUGUUUUGACUUGUGUUACUGUUGCAAAAAAUGAUUUCAAUUAUUCUCAAAACGUUAAUUCCUCUCAUUCUUCAUGAUAAAAGCUCUACUAGCGAUUAUGCGAUACGACACGACAGCUAUUUUGCGGUUAUUUUUAGAUAGUGAUUGGAAGUAGCGAUGCUAUUGUUUUAGCGUGCUAAAUACCAUUUUUGUAGCAAUCUGGUAGCGUACGGUUUUAUUUUGGUGGGUGACGUAAAACGCUGUAACACUACAUUUUUCACGGAAGCACAGCGCGAAAUUCGCUACUUUAAACGUAGCUUUUCACCGAAAUAAAACUGCGAAUUUCAUGAAAUAUUACUUAGUUUAUGUUUCCAUUAUUUGUUAUUUUAAUCUAUCGUAAAACAAAAAAAAAGAAACUACAAUACUUAUUUUUUCUCUUUUCGGAAACGUCAAACAUCAAUAAAUUGUUGUUAUUGUUAUUUGUUCUUAGAAUCAAUACGUGGAUUACUACGUUUUAUAAGAUUGACGUAAAUAAAAAGAAUUUCCCUUGUAUAUAAGUCGAAAAAUGUAGCGCUUUAAAAACGUAGGCUAAUUUAAAAAAAAGGAAUUUUAUUGCCCUCUACACUUAUAAAAAUAAAAAAAAAACACCUAUUAUAGGAAACUUCUGUUUUUAGAAAUACAGCGAUAGUGCAGGUAGUGGACUACAUUGAAAGUAGUGAUUUCAAACCACGGUUUUUAGAAAUAAUAAAUAAUGGGUAUUUUGCUAUAUAUUUUCAUAAUACAUACAUAGUAUCGAAAAUGGUAACUUUUAAACUGUGUCGCUAUUCAUGUGCACUGACGAUUGGGAUAAGGAAUUAAGAUAUCGUCUUAACCUUCAUCCCAUGCGAGUGGACUCAGUUAUCAUCUACGUAUAGAACAUACAUACAAGUAGGUAACAGAAAUGUCAUAAGCAUCGCCGGUAAACACUGGAAAAAAAAAAACAAUAACAUCACCUCACCUAUAACCUAACCUAACUGCGUGACGAUCCGGUCUUAUUAAACCGAAAUUAGCGUCGUUGUCGUGUGUAAUGUCCCGGUUACUGCAAUGUGUUCCAUGUGUUCCAUAAAAUCGACGACGGGUGACGCGCACCGUCAAAGGUGAGAUUUAACGAACGUUCACGACACAUUCAGUGUUUUCUUCAUCAUUUUCUUCAGUGUGUUCUCUUCAUCGCCACAGUAAUUCGUUCUGGAUCGCCUUGUUUCAAAAACGCCCAAAUUUAAAAAAACGUACACAUAUAAUAUUAUUUUAGAACGUUUAGCAGUUUCGGUUAGAAUUUCGGAAUGCUCUACUGGGUACGCACCUUCGAUUUUUUUAAGUCAAUUUAUUUUGUAAACAUUUAUCGCUUUAAUGGUAUAAAACAACACGUGGAUACAAAAAAACUAAGGUAACCCAAAAAUUAACAAAAUUCAAAGAACCCGGGGGUCUGUUUAAUUCUAUUUAUAUUAUAAAUGCAAAAAUUUGUUUAUAUUGAAGAAUGUUAUUGUGACAUUUUCACGCAAAAACUAAUCAAUGGAUUGAGUUGAAACUUUGUAGUAGUUUUAGACCAAAAAUAAAAUAUAGGUAAAUCCCCUACCCCACAGAAUUCAACUCCUAAAGGAGGGCUGACUAUGAGUUGUUGGUACGAAAAUAUACUUUUUUUAUUAUUAUUUAUUGGUUACCAUAGUGCAGUGGUUCUCAGCCAAGAUGACAUAUGGCCCUGGAUUGACAUGAACCUAGUGUAGCGGUGACACAAAAUUAUCGGGGGUAAAAGAAAAAUAAGAGAGCUUUUUUAAAAUAAUAUCAUAUUAUUGCCGUUGCCGUCAUGUAAAUGUUAUCACUAAUGCCGUCCAAACAACAUAAUAUUUCCACCCCAUCAUUCACUUUUCAACGAUACCGCAGCUAGAAUUUUCUUUAAUUUCAAUGGACUUUGCAUUGGUAAAGCGACUGAGUGUUGGAUUAUUGUGGAUAAGGAUGACAUGAAUCGAAAAUUGAGAACCACUGUGGCGUAGUGUUAUAGAAGAAGUAAAAAAAAGGUUAAAAUAAACGAAAUAAAAAAAAAUAAUUAUAAGUUUGUCCAUGUUAUAUUAGUUGAACCGUAAUAGUUGUCGAGAGGAAACCCACGAUGAAUAGUAGUUGAUAUGGAAACUGGUUCUUAGUUCAUUGUUGGAUUGCAAGUAUUUUGGUGAGGGAAACACCAGGCGGGACAGCUUGAUAAUUUUAUUAAUUCAUUCAUUAAUACAAUUAUCAAUUAUCUAUAAUUCUUAUUAAUGUUAUACUGCAAUUGUACAUUAUCGAGGGAUUUUUCAAAACCGCAAUUAAAGAUACGGCAUUUGCAGCAUCGCUGUAUUUUACGAGGAAAAAAUUAUUAUAAAUGAAAACAUUUUUUUUUUUUUUGGAAAUUAAGUGGACUUUUACAAAUUGAAGUGCUUAGUGCAGCAAUAAGGUAUAAGUCCCUGUCCCAAAUUACUUUUUGAUACUUUCGAAUAAAGCAAUAAAAUAUGCUAUAUAAUUUGGUGCAGUUCAAUCGAAUUCUGGGCAAAAAUAAGACCAGUACCAUAGACAAGCGGUUUUUAUUUUAUUGUUAAAAAAUUUCGAAAAGUGGACUUGUGUUGUUGUUGCACUGAGUCUUUCAAUUGAAAUUUCAUUCAAGUACUUAGGUAUGUACAUAAUAUCAUUGAUGGAUCCAGAAAAGGCCGAGGGCCUCGUUCCUCUCUGCAAACUAUAGACUGUAUAAAAGUUUUUACUUCCACAAAUGAUUAUAUUAUAUAAUAUACGUGAUUUUCAAGGAGGAAACCAGAGGGGAGCGAUGAAUGUAUUAAUUGUCCCUAUGAUUUAUUUUUGUUUUUAUAUUUUAUUGUUUCUGUCGGUAAACAAUUUUUCUAUUAGAAAUCUUACUCCAAUCCAAAAAUAAGUUAUCAAUGACUCACAGGUAUAAAUCAAGUAACCUUGUGUGUCCUACCUCCUUAAUUUCUCAUCUAUUACAUCUAUUACAUUGGCUGCACCCAUCUCAGGGGUGUAACUAGAAAUAUGUUUUUUGUUUAGGCCAGAUAAAAUAACUUCAGAGAAAAGUGGGUAGGCCCGGCUGACUUUUUUGCUUAGCAGUCAUUUUUUUUAGGACAAAAAAAAAAUCCAGCUCUGGACCCGCCACUGCAUAAUAAAUCGCUAUAUAGUUAUUAUAUUGUAUUGCGUUUACUCGAUAAAAUAAUUAUUCCAAUAUUAUUGUUGGUUUUGAAUACGUUACAACCGUAAAACCACGGGAAAACGACUGUUUGCACCCAAUUAUCAUACGUUAUUUUACAUGCGGUUUGGUGCGUGUUGACAUUAUUGUACUGUGCGUUAUUACGUUUGGGUUCCGUUUUCCGAGCGGUUGCGCGAAUCGCGGACGCCAAUCGAGCCGUGAACGCGCAUAAUGAUAUUCGCCGACACCGCAAAACUGCCGUACCGUUAUUAUUAUUUCGCAGUGUACAUACUAUUUGAAUAUAGUGAUAAUUACAAUUAGACGCCAUCGGCGAUGCGAUGUUAGUGAUGAUUACCAUUAUUAUUAUAACGUCAAAAAAACCGCGGCGUUCAGAGUUCAUUAUUUUGGACACGCGCUCUGGUUUUCGCGGCGAAAGCGCCUCGGGUUAAAACGCUGCUCAACGCGAGAUGAUAUAGGCGUUUAUAACACGUACGUUUUAGAAAAUCGACGGCCGAAUUAAUUCAUUAUGUAUUUAAUAUGUUAUUAUUAUUAUACAUACACGCCCGCACUAAAACACUACAAUUAUUACGUUUAUAAUAAUAACAUUUACAUUUUUUUUUUCGUUAUUAUUAUCUCGUAUACAAAUUGCGAUCCUCCGACGCGUGUACGCAACACUGAACUCACUUUUCGUUUUAUACACACUUACGCGGCAUAGACGAUAUUUGAAUUUCACAAAUUAACACGCUUUAUUCUAAUAACGACAAAAACGAAAGCGAUACAUUAUUAUUUUCUACAUAUCUACGUGCAUGGAUUCUCGUUGAACAUAUUAGGUGUAAGACGAACACUUUUACGGUCAUUAAAUUAUUUUGUAAAUUCAGGCCCACAUACUACACAAAUGGUUCCCUACCGCGAGGGCAUUCCUCCCGAGGGGUUAUUGAGAUAUUGCACCGGGGAAUAUAGUGAUGAUAAAAUAACGAGAAUUUUGUUGUUAAAAUAAUUAUUCGAUUUUACAAUCAGUAAAAUUGAAAAUAAUACAUUGAUUUCAGUUGUAUAAUGUGUAAUAUACAGUUAUUUUGUAAAAUUUAUUUGUACGGCUCACUAAAAAAAAAGGCCGUCUAAAUUAUAAUAGUCUAAUCUAAUUUAAAGGGGGAAGGGAGUAUGAGAUUUUUAAAAUUUACAAAUGGAGUGUAUCGUGUAGAAUAAAAAAUGUUGCGAUCUACUGUACUACUCUACUUAGGUCCUACCCGCACCGCAGUCUUCCGUAGUAUUAUAGAACAUUAUAUAUUCCUAAUAAUCGGAGUUUUACCCGACGGAUUUGUUAUUUUUGCUGGGUAUCGACCUAAGGUCAGUUUUGCAGUUUCCUGUAAUAUUAUUCUUUACAUAUCACUUUAACUUUGUCAUCAGUUAACCUCCUCAAUCCUCUGCAAUUUGUUAGUCCCGCGGCAAAAAUGAUAGAUUUUUGAUCUACGAUAUCCUUGAACGCCCUCGAUCUCUUUUAUCAUUAAUUUCUUUUAUAUUGUAAUAUAUAGAACCCCGUAUCGCACAACGUGUCCAAUCAUAAUUAAGCAUUUUUUAACCAUACUUAGUAUCUUAUCACAUUUAGUUUGCUUUGUCUACUGUUAUUUGUUACUUUUUCUUUCUGUCCAAGUCAAUCGCAUCGUUUUUUCCUAUACUUGAAACUUAAGAAAUUUUGUUACAAUUUUUCCAAUCUAACAAAGUUUUACAUCCGUAUAGUUUCACACUUCAGACAUAUACUUAGGCUCGCAAUUUUCGCUUGUACAAUCCUAGGUUUUAUUACUAUGAUUUAUCUUCCAUAUUGGUCGAGUAUGCUGCUUAAGUAUGUAAAACUUUCAACUUGGUCUAUCCUUAGAAUAACGAUGAAAUAGUUCAUACACGAAACUACAGUCAGCUCGAAAUUAUACGUUCCAUGGUUCGAAAUAAUUUGAUUAUAUAACCUUGUAAGUAUGAUUCAUGUAUGUGGUUUAUUGUGCAGUUCAUAAAAACUUUGUGCACAUCGGUUCUCCAAAAUGUUUUAAGUUAUGGUACCAGAACCAAUUCCAGUAUGUUUUCAUUGCAGCAGGGCUAGCAACGUUCUUCUUUUUUUUCGCUUUAAUCCCACGAGAAAUGGAGUCGGCUACUGUUAAUCUCACUCUCCGCAUCUUUCUAUCUACCACCAUAGGUUUUUCCAUCCACUUCCCUUAUUAUAUUAUUUUCCCCAAAGAUCUCUGACAACCACUUUUUUCUGUUUCGCAGUUACCUAAUCCAUAUACUUAUAGCGACUCAUUUCUAGAACCGUCGUUUUUUCUUAUCUCAGUGAGUCCAUAAUACUCACAAUCUCAGUUCCUUCCAUAUAUUAUGUUUAAUUUAUUUUUUUUAUUUAAAGCCCAAGUUUAUAUAAAAGUGCAUCGUUGACUAACAUUAACAAUGUAUUGAACUUGAACGUACUUUUGUUUUAGCUGUACUUUACGUUCUCGGAUUAUACGAUUCCUACGACUCAGGCGGCGUUCACGGGGCCAGCGAUGAGCUACGCGAAAUAUGCUAAAGACAAACAGUUGACGACCAUUACGACCGAUCCAGUAGUCCGUAAAUCGGAUGGUCUCCUGUACGCCGUGCUGGGCCUACAAAACGCCGAAAACUACACGACGACUUGCUCUCCGACGAUCGGCGAAGACGUCGUUACAGCGGCAAACAGAUUAGACGACAACGGCAGGUUGGAAUACGGUAGACGCAUGCGGUUGUAUCCAACUACGUUUAAGACGCAGCGGCCUACGGAUGAUGUUCAUCCCGGUUCGGUAAGAUUUCCCAACUACCAGAAAAAUGCAAUGGAUAGCGAACUAAAGUAUCAUUCGGACAGCGUGUACGGUUUCGGUAAAAGAUCGGAUUUCCCGCAGCUAACGGCCUAUCAGGCUCCAUUCCCGCCUAAGAGCAUACUGGACGUAAUGAAGUAUGUGACUACGGUAGGUUCACCCCCGCGUAAAUUUGACGUCCCCGUAGAAGAGUACAUGACGGCCCAAGAAUCUAAAACGCGGUACGUACCCAUUCGGGCUGCGGAAGAAGUAAAUCGGUUACUACCGGACAUGGUAGCACCGACCAGUGAUCCAACCCGGAGGUUCCGGAAUAAGUUCGGCCCACCGUUUAUAUACACACCGAAGCCACCCGUUAUGGCAUUACCAGAUGACUUCAUGAAGCCUCCUGAUCCUGACGCCCAUUUCUCGGUGAACUUCGAAAAGGACGCAGUGCCCAUGGCCGAUCUUACGGUACAAGAAGAGUCAGCUAACUUUCCAUCGCAUACCGGCGUGGUGUUCCAUCACCCACCAUCACUCACCGACUUGGUGUACCAUUCAUCGACUACCGAAAAUAUCUAUCCGGAACCUGACGUGACAACACCCCGGACGAUAAUAAAAAAAAAUCGUAGAAAAAAAAACCAAAAGCCCAUAAGCGUAAUGCUAGACAUCUAUCCGUUAUCGGACAAUGAAGACGAAGACGACGAAGAUCACAGUAAUAUUAUUUUUAUUGAUUGAUUGUGUAUUCAACGGACAUACGACCUUCUAUAAAAUUAUAAGAUAUGGAAUAAAAUAGGGCACAUUAAUACUUUACAGCUUAAAAUGUAUAAUUACAUUAACGAAAAAAAAAAUUAUAUUAAAACAAACCAAAAAUAAAUAAAAACAUAUCGGGUAAAUUUAACGAUAAAAGAGAACACACGUUUUUUAAUUAAUUCCAAUUGCUUUUUUUCAUCUAGUAAAAUAAAUCAUUUUCUUUAAAUUUGUCCCGAGGCAUUACUAAACAUUUUCAGGCUCAAUGGUAUCAGUCAUUCAAUUACUAGAUCAAAUAAAAAAAAUAAACUGAAGAUUCAAUCUCAAGAAGAAAUAAUAUGGUUUUUUUUUUUUUUUAAACAAAAUAAGUUGUUUAAAUUCUUGUAUUACUAUAAUUAAAACCAAGCAUUCAAAAAAAUGUAUUCAAGAUAAUUUUGUAAUUAAUUUUAAAACGGAUCAUUUUCAAACAAUAUUUUUAGUUUUUAAUAUCUGUAAAAAAAAAAACAUACAUUAAUUUGAUAAUUAUACAUAAGAUAAUAUAUUAUAAUAUUUUAUUCCGAUGUUUGAUUAGGACCCGACUAAUCCGACCCCACUUGGAUUGAAUAAUAAAUGGUUUAACUUUUUAAUAUUACAUGUAGUAUCAUCUGACAUAGCAGUGAUAGGCAUCUUAAAGUUAUAGCAAUCUAUAACGGUGUUAUAGGAACAUAAAUAAGUUCUAAAGUCGAACAAUUAAGUUAAAAUCAUAAUAAUAAUUUGUAUUUCUUUUUUAUAAUCUAUAACUAAUUAUGUUUUACUUGUAUCGUUAUUUUUUUAAAAUAUUUUCAUUUCGAGCUUUAUAUUGAAAACUUAUUCGAAAAAAAAAAUAGUAUUCUAUUUAAAUCAAUUCGUUGAAAUAUCGAAUAGGACUAAAAUAACUACUUAAUGUGUCUGUAAAAACUAACUUUGAGUUUCAAAAUAAUUAUAAAUUGGAUUUUCUAGGUGACGAGAAAGACGGUGAUUCCGAAGUGCAGCACACGUCGACGAAUCGGCAAUCAGACAGGGAUAAGUUGUUGUUACGGUUGAACUUGUUUCCGCAUUUUAGUAAAACGAAUCGUAAAAUGUACGUAUAAAAAAUAUUUAAAAAUAUUAUCGUCCUAAAAUAAUAUCAUGCAAUAUUCUCUAUGUAGAUCCAGAUUUCUAGAACAGGAAAAGCUACGAGAUAGGCAGAUGCCAUUAAUUCACCUAUCGACACGUAUUUUGCAAGGUUUGUGUUCGAAUAAUUUGGGGAAGUGUUCGAAAUUAGUUUUUCACAAACUGCGAGAUGGUCACAUUAAUACUGAAAAAAAAAAAUGAAUUAUUUUAUUAUUAUUAUUUUAUUACUAUUGAUUUUAUAAUAUUUACUUUACGAAAAUGAUCGAAGUUAUUUAUUUUUUUUUUCUUGUAACUAAAUUAAAUUAUAUAUUAAAACAAAUCGUCCGUAAAAAUAUCCUAGUCUCGUAGUUUAGUGAGUAUCGAGCAGUCUAAAUUUAUAAAUAUGUAUGUAACGUUUCGUUUGUUUGUCAGGCAGCCAAACCAACUCGUAUGUAAUUAAAUUACAAUGUUUGAAAAGUUUGUUUAGUUGCCUAUCCAAUGAAAAGGUAUACGAAUUCUGAUUUAACGUGUGUUUUAGACGGAGAAAACUACGUUUCUGGUGAAAAUGACAAAUCGAGCGAUUACGAAUACACAUCAGAAUCGAAAAACGUCGAAAAUCUAUCAAAAAUACAAUAAAAUAAAACAAAUUUAAAAAACCUCAAAAGACUUGAAUCACAAUUUAAAUCAAAAUAUUGGUAAAAUGUUUAAGUUUAUUAUUAUUAAGUAUAGAUAUUAUAUUAUUAGUCUUAGUUUUAUUAAAUCAAAAAUCUUAAUGAUACCUACCUAUACAUGGUGUACCAAGGCAAUUGCAUUUAUUGUAAAAAUAUUUCGUUUAUUGAAUGCGUUUCGUAAUAUUAUUGUUAUAAGAUGAUAGAGUUUUUAAAAACUGUAAAAAUGUAAUAUUAUUAUGUGCCAACGAAUGAUGUUCCGACGAUUUUCUAUCUGCUUGAAUUAUUAUUAAUUUUUUUUUUUUUAAAUCAUAUUUAAUAACGAAUUUUCGUCAUAACAAAAUUAAUUAAAUAUUUUUAAUGAUUGAAAUUCUUGUUAUCAAAAUAACAAUGACAAAUUUUAAACAUUUUUUUCAUUUGCUAUUUAUUUACUAAUUCGAGACCAAUCCGUAUGUUUGUGCAUUAUUUAUUCUUGCAAUUCAAUCAUAAUAAUAAAAAUAGUAAUAAUAUUUUCGUACAC